UUUUUUUUUUCUCUUUCACUUAGUUUUUUUUUUUUUUUGCUUCCUCAAAUCAUGUUACGAUACUCUCUCUUACGACGUAAUUAUACAUCUUUGAAUCGGUCUGGUCCUAUUCCUUUAGGUGACAAGAAAAAACAAAAAGAAAUGUUGGAUCUUAUUCGUAAAAAAGCACAAAAGGAUGCUCAAGAUCAAGAUGGACUCCAUGCUGAUGCUCGAACUCCUUUGACCCCGGAAUUUGAAGGCCAUGUCAAUCCAAAGACUGGUGAAGUCAAUGGUCCCAAGAAUGAACCUGUGAAACAUAAUGAUUGGAGUUUUGGUGGUCGAGUCACUGAUUUUUAGAUAUCCCCUGGUUAAGUUUUUCUUUCCAUAGUUUACUUACACAACACACACACUUAUAUAUAUGCAAUAUAUAAAUUUACAUACAUAUUAUUCACAUCCAUUUGUACACAUAUAAUAAUAAAACAAAAAUAAAUAUAU